AUGGAUACUAUUCUCAGAUCUCUUCUCUACCUACUCUUUUUCUCCAUCCUCCACAUUUCAGUAGAGGCCUCAGGUACAACAAUGACGCUGUAUAAUAAGUGCAGCCACCCGGUGUGGCCUGGCAUCCAGCCCAGCGCCGGCAAGCCGGUCCUCGCCCGGGGCGGCUUAAGGCUGCCGCCGGGAAAGGUGUAUAAGCUCCAUUUGCCCGCUGGGUGGUCGGGCCGGGUGUGGGGACGCCACGGCUGCGCCUUCGACGCCGAUGGCCGCGGCCGCUGCGCCACCGGUGACUGCGGCGGGGCCCUCUUCUGCAACGGCGUCGGCGGGACCCCUCCCGCCACGCUGGCCGAGAUAACACUCGGGAACGAGCAGGAUUUCUAUGACGUCAGCCUCGUCGACGGCUACAAUCUCGCCAUUUCCAUUACGCCAUUCCGUGGCUCAGGCAAAUGCAGCUAUGCGGGGUGCGUGAGCGACCUGAACCAGAUGUGCCCAGUGGGGCUUCAAGUGCGCUCUCACGACAAGAAACGAGUGGUGGCGUGCAAGAGCGCGUGCUCGGCUUUCAACUCCCCACGCUAUUGCUGCACGGGGACCUUUGCGAAUGCCCAGUCGUGCAAGCCCACGGCCUAUUCGCGCAUUUUCAAGGUGGCCUGCCCCAAGGCAUACUCGUACGCCUUUGACGACCCGACCAGCAUUGCCACCUGUACUGGGAGCAGCUACUUGGUCACCUUCUGCCCUCAUCAUUAG